CAUCUUUAUUUUAACGAUUUAGUAAAAUCUUUUUCUAUUAUCUUACAACUAUUUAAUUAGUAAAUAUUAAAUUAAGGUUAUUAAAAUUAAACACAUUGUUCUUAUUAUUUGAAACACCAAUUAAAUGUGUUACGAUGGAGUAAAUAUAUAGAAUUAGAAUUAUCUUUUCUUUUGCGGAUGAGUCUUAUAUACAUCGUAUCCUUCUGCACACAAGCUGUUCGAUCAAAUGCCUGAGUGACUAAUCUUCGCUCAACUUCAUUUAUUCAGGUGAAAGGCAUCCCCAAAUUAUGAUGGUCUUAGAAGGGUUUAAGGAAACACUAAACAUUCAAAAGCUGCGGAGAAUCGUGUCUUAUUCUGGGUUCUACUGCUUCUCUGCUAUCGUAGCCUACGCUUAUACAAGCAAUACAACUAGAGCUGGGUUUUCAAGGGCUGAUCAAUAUUAUGCAUCAUACCCUGCUGGAACUGAACUUUUAACAGACACUACUAAGUUAUACAAAGCUGCGCUAGGAAAUUGCUUCGAAUCGGAAGAGUGGAGCCCAAUUGAGUACUGCAUCAUGGCUAAGCACUUUGAACGUCAAGGAAAAUCACCUUAUGCUUAUCAUGCUCAAUAUAUGGCACACCUUCUGUCUCAUGGAGAACUUGAUGGAAGUGGCUAAAGAUAUAAUGUAAAUCAGCCGCCUGGGAAAUUAGCUGACAAUAUGAUGAAAAACAAAACUCUUUGCAUCUUUCGAUCUUAUCUGAUGAUGAAAGACCAUCGCGAUUUUCAUUCUGUGAGAUGCAAGCAAUAGUGUUGAAUCAGAUGGAGUUUUGUUAGUCUACAUAAAUAUUUGGACUUGUCGUAACUUCUUUUCAUUUAGAGGCAAAGAAGCUGGUUUAACUGUUUUUCAAUGAAUUUAUAAUAGAUGUGUUACGGUCGUAUACAACACACUUCUUCUGUGUUCAUAAGUUUCAUAUAUUUUUUUAGUUAAAACAGCCAACAAAUGUCUAAAACCAAACUCACAUGUUUCAAGUUUGAGAUAUGUUGUAAAAUGAUGUGACGUCGGUUAUAUUAGAUAGUUUUUCUUUUUGGGAUCA